GGCCCGCCCCCUUCCCAGAGUACACGGCGGCCGCGGCCUGCAAGAGCCGGUUUGUCGCUGUCUGCUCCGGAGAGGGUCGGACCAUGGACGGGCUCCGGGCUAGCGCAGGGCUGCUGAGGCGCGGGCGGCUGAGGCGCCGGCGCCAGCCUCAGCCACACAGCGGGUCGGUCCUGGCCCUGCCCCUGAGGCCCAGGAAGAUCCGAAGGCAGCUGCGGAGAAGUGUCGCGUCCCGCAUGGCCGCGCUGAGGGCCCAGACGCUGCCAAGCGAGGACUCGGAGGACUCGAGGGUGGAGUCGACGGUCGACGGUCCCGUGGACCCGCUGGCUGGCGGGGUGGUGGGCCUUCCGGAUGCCGCCCGGCGGGAGCCAUAUGGCCACCUCGGGCCCGCGGAGCUGCUGGAGGCCUCACCCGCGUCCCGCUCCCUGCAGACUCCUCGAGCCCUGGUGGAGUCGCAGACCCCGGCAGCGCGCUUGGUGGAGGCGCAGACGCCGCCGGCGCGGCUGAUGGAGGGGCCCGCCCUGCCCGCGCGCCUAGUGCCGGGUUCGGCGCCGCCCGCGCGCCUGGUGGAGGUGGCCGCUGCGCCGGCCCGCGGGGUGGAGAACUCUACCCUGUUGUGCUCUGCCCAGCACUUGGCGGGCGCCCCGCCGUCCAUGGCUCCUGCGACGCUGUCGGGGCCUCAGGGGGAAAGCAUGAACGGGGAGCUGCCCUGGGACUCUCCUCUGCAGCGCGUCUUGGCCGAGCUGAACCGCAUCCCCAGCAGCCGGCGGCGGGCGGCGCGCCUCUUUGAAUGGCUCAUCUCGCCCAUGCCGCCAGACCACUUCUACCGGCGCCUGUGGGAGCGUGAGGCGGUGCUGGUGCGGCGGCAGGACCACACCUACUACCAGGGUCUCUUCUCUACCGCAGACCUGGACUCCAUGCUGCGGAACGAGGAGGUCCAGUUCGGGCAGCACCUGGACGCCGCGCGCUACAUCAACGGGCGGCGCGAGACUCUGAACCCUCCCGGCCGCGCCCUGCCCGCCGCCGCGUGGUCCCUGUACCAGGCCGGCUGCUCCCUGCGCCUCCUCUGUCCGCAGGCUUUCUCCACCACCGUGUGGCAGUUUUUGGCUGUGCUUCAAGAGCAGUUUGGAAGCAUGGCAGGCUCCAACGUUUACCUCACGCCCCCCAACUCGCAGGGCUUUGCCCCCCACUACGACGACAUUGAGGCUUUCGUGCUGCAGCUGGAAGGUAGGAAACUCUGGCGGGUCUACCGACCGCGGGUCCCGACUGAGGAACUAGCCCUGACAUCCAGUCCCAACUUCAGCCAGGACGACCUCGGUGAGCCGGUGCUGCAGACGGUGCUGGAACCUGGAGAUUUGCUUUAUUUUCCCCGAGGCUUCAUUCACCAAGCCGAAUGCCAGGACGGAGUGCACUCUCUGCAUCUGACCUUGUCCACAUACCAGCGCAAUACCUGGGGCGACUUCCUGGAGGCUGUACUGCCUCUGGCAGUGCAGGCUGCAAUGGAAGAAAACGUGGAGUUCCGUAGGGGACUGCCCCGAGACUUCAUGGAUUACAUGGGGGCCCAGCAUUCAGACUCUAAGGAUCCGCGGAGAACUGCUUUCAUGGAGAAGGUGCGGGUGUUGGUUGCCCGCUUGGGACACUUUGCGCCUGUCGAUGCUGUGGCCGACCAGCGAGCCAAAGAUUUCAUUCACGAUUCUCUGCCCCCUGUGUUGACUGACAGGGAGAGGGCACUAAGCGUUUAUGGACUCCCAAUUCGCUGGGAGGCUGGAGAACCUGUGAACGUGGGGGCCCAGCUGACAACAGAAACAGAAGUGCACAUGCUUCAAGAUGGUAUAGCUCGGCUGGUAGGUGAAGGUGGCCAUUUGUUUCUCUAUUACACAGUGGAAAACUCCCGAGUUUAUCAUCUGGAAGAGCCCAAAUGCUUGGAGAUAUACCCGCAGCAAGCUGAUGCCAUGGAACUCUUGCUUCGCUCCUACCCAGAGUUUGUGAGAGUAGGGGACUUGCCCUGUGACAGUGUGGAGGACCAGCUUUCUUUGGCAACCAUGUUAUAUGAUAAGGGGCUGCUACUCACCAAGAUGCCUCUAACCUGAACUAGUUUCUCUGUUGAUUGCUGGAAACAGGACAGUAGUGAUUUUCUUACCACUACCACCUUUUUGGAAGGAAAAAAAACUCAUGCUCUUACCUUGAUCACCAUCAGUGUGCUUACAUUUACCUUUAUGACUGCUUCAAUGUCACAGAACUCAGAUGGUCUUCUAGAAACCACCACCUCAUCUAGGCACAAAAGUAAAAGCAGAAGUUGGAGGUGGAAAAAGGAGCUAUUUCUGCAGCAGUAAACUCGAUUCCUGAUCAUUUCAGAGUACCGAAUUCAUCAUCACCCUCAGGCUUAAGCGUACUACGUAGCAUUUGCUGUGUUAUUCUGCUUGAGACAUUAUUAGUUUUUAUUUGGAAUUUGCAUCCUUCAUUUGAGUUCUCUUAGUUUGGGGGGAGGGUUGGGGUCAGCAUCCUUUUCGUAACUGUAAGUUUGUGUGAAUGUUAGAAAAGUUAUUAAAGUGCCAAAGAAUGUUUUCCUUUUCUAAAGGUAGAUUAUUACAUGACUUGGUUUGAAGGAAUGUGGGAGGAGGGAGGUAGAGAAAAUGUACAGUGGCUGAGAUGAAAGGUAACUUAGAGUGGUUGUAGGAUUGGGACCAAUUUUGCAACUUUGGGGGUAAUUCAUUUUAAUCAUGCUUCUUGAACCUCAAACAGCACAAUUUGAAAAGUUCUAAGUAUAUUGUGUUUUUGCUCAGUGCUUGGUUGCAUCAGUGGCUGGCACUGUUCAUGGAAGAGGCAGAAUGUCAACCUAAUUAUGCUAGCUUAAGUCUUAGUCAGCUACCUUGUAGCAAGCUGGCCAUGAGGAAAGGCUGGUGUUCAAGUUACUUUCCACUCUCAUUUUUUUCUGGCAGUUGGAAGACACUUUCCCAAAUCUGGCAAGUGAAUAUUCUCAUGGUUGGUGGAAAAGAGCCUGGUGUACCAGAAAGAGCACUGGACUUGGAACCAGAAGACCUGGGUUUGGGGUGGUGGCUGGUGGGCAGCUGGCUGAAUGACCUGAGGCUGCUGCUACUCCUGGGCACACUGAUUUUGUAAGUAUGUUUUGGUACAGCUUGAUGUCUGCACCUCCUCAUUUAGGUUGGAACUUUUAAGAUCCUUUUACCAUAAUGAUAGGUUUCAGUUAUGUAAGUUUGAGAACUUUAUGAAGUCUUUUUUUAAAAGUUGGAAAAGCAUAGAUGUAUAUAAAGUGAAAAUUAUAGCUCUUCCUCUAAUCUCACUUUCCAAAGGUAACACCACUAUUCAAGGUUAAGCUAUAAGGCUUUUUUUUUUUUUUUUUGAGUGCGUAACCAGAUAUAGACAUAGCAGUUUUGUUUUGUUUUUUUACUCAUGUUUUUCUAAGAUGUUCUUUUUUUUAUCUGACUUUCAAAUUGGUUCAUUUAGAACCAUGUCCCUCAUUUUUUUAAGGGACAGAUAGCAAAUAAAAGACUGGAGGGCAAGGAAAAGAUAAUGAAGUACUGAGAGGAUGGUUGCCAAGAAGAAAAGGAAGUAUCCUUUUCUGGCUCUCAUCCUACAGGGCUCACAGCUAAGUCCCAAAACAUCCAAUCCUGGAAGAGGCUUGUUAAAGGAGUCAGGGUAUAGGACUCACACAUAGAAGACCUACCUUGAAAAGUUUCUUGGAGAAAAGUAUGUAGGUCCAGUGGUUUCUGCCCUUCUUUGGGUUGCAAAUAAACACGUUUUGCUUCCUCUUUCAUUUUUCCUAUGACUUUCUCAAUCUUGAAUAUUUUCUGUAUCAACAAUUCCUUUUGGGUUAAUGUUUGAAUCUAGAUCAGAACAAAAGAUGUUGGAAAAAAAAAAAAACAACUGUACUAGGCUGCAGAUCAUCAAAAAGCAUUAAUAAAGUAACAUCAUGCAUCAUGCUUAUUAACACUAGGUGGCACAUAAAUGCCUAAGAACACUUCUCUUGUGAUAUUUGGACAUUAUUUUUUAGACCUGAUAAUGAAAAAUUCACUUGAGAUUUUUGGGCAUGAUAAAAAGAACUUGCAAAGAAAUGCUUGACGUGAAAUUGGUUUUGUGAGUUAUAUGGAGAAGGAAUCUUCGCAUUUUUAAAGUCCCCUUCCUUCUAUUCCUUCAUCUCCUCUAACAGCACUGAACAAUGAGAACCACCUGCUCAGCUAGAGUGCCUCUGAUGAAAAAGCUCAGAUUAGGAGUUCCUUUCGUGGCUCAGUGGAAACAAAUCUGACUAGCAUCCAUGAGGAUGUAGGUUCGAUCUCUGGCCUUGCUCAGUGGGUUAAGGAUCCAGCAUUACCAUGAGCUGUGGCAUAGGUUGCAGACAUGGCUCAGAUCUGGCGUUGCGGUGGCUGUAGUGUAGGCUGGCAGCUACGGCUCCAAUUAGACCUUUAGCUUGGGAACCUCAUAUGCCGAGGGUGUGGCCCUACAAAAAAGACCAAAAAACUCCCAAAGAAAGAAAGAAAAAGAAAAAGCUCAGAUUAGGAAUUAAGGGAAGUUUAGAAGGAAAAAGAAAAUGUAGUAGUUGGGGGGCAACUCCAGUCCCUCAUUCCUUCUUUAUGCAUAUCUGCAAAAAAAAAAGAAAAGAAAAAGGA